AUGCGGCCUCGACCGAGUGCAACAGCAGAUUGGGCUAAGACCUUGUUGCUGUUGGUGAUGGCGAUAAUUGUGGUCCAUAUCUCUGGACAACAUGUGUGUGAUCACUGCAACUGUCAGAUUAGCUCUCUGGGUGAACGCCAGGCCAUCUACAGUCUUUCCUUGGUCUGUUACACCGGCACCAUCACCUGGUUCGACGCUUCCGGAGCCGUCCGGAUAGAACUGAUGCCGCUUCUACUGGGCAGCUUCCGCGCUUGUUUUCUGGUCCACUCGGACAACACUCAGGUGAAGGUCUCCCACGAGACUCCGCACGUGUCCCCGGCCCAGAACUACAGACUGAAGAGCCAUGGCACCAGAACGUUACAACUGAACCAUGUACUGACUGCUACGUCAAAGGGCAACGAGUUUUGUGUCCACUCCGGGAGUAACGGCCCCUUGUUGUUGUAUGUUGAAGCUGUGAGAGGUCCCGAUCUUCAGGGGGUGCCCAAGAUUGUCCUGCACUACGAUCUGGAGAAGUUGGACACCCACAUGGAGGUCGAUCCCAUGGAAGAAUGCCGACCAUGUACCAGGGAAGAACUGCUGGACUCCUACUGUUCCAUGGACUUCGUGGUGGUUGGUAUCAUGGCCCAUGUGGCUAACAGUGAAGUCCGGGAGCAUUCCAACAUCACUGUGCAUGUCAAACAGCUGAUUCACCAGCGGCAGAGCCAUUUCUUCCAGCGGAUCCAGAGGUCAGACUCUCACCUGACAGGUCAUGUGACUGUUCCCAGGAAAUGUGGGAUGCGGAAAAGUGAGGGUGACCUGAUCCUGACUGGCAGGUACCGACUGGAGUCGCUGACUCUCAGGUGUGCUUCCUACCUCCAUGACUGGAGAAAGAUACAACAUGAGGUGGAGUGCUCGCACAACUGA